AUGACCGAUGAAAGGUCGAAAAAUCACAUGAACAACAAACAAAAAAUAACCGGUGUGAUUAGUUUUCGAAAUUUCAAUGCUCAUGUUAUGUGUCUUAAGAAAUCAAAGUUGAAUAAAGGCAUAAACAGAAACACAAGAAACGCUCUUUUUCAGAUUCCACCAGAUCAGUCUACUAUAGAAUCGAUUACGGCUGAUCCUGUAGAACCAUGUCAAGCAGGUUUCCCCUUAUUUGGUCAUGAUUUCCUUGAAGGUUUACAGAUUACGUCGACCACUGCUGUUAUAAUUUCGAAACUUAUAAAUCUUGGUAAUGAUGGAAUAAAUUUUCCAGAUACUAAUAUCCAUACCCUUCUCAUUAAGAUGGUUACUUCAGUUUUGCUUCAUUACGUUCACGUGCCAAAUAUAAGUAAUGUAAACAGCACUGGCGUAACACUGACGUAUGGCGAAAUGGGAGGUGAACUAAUGGUCAAAUCGAAUUAUACGAAAGAUGGCGCUGUUGUACAUGGAUUUCCUGAUUUUGCAACGGACCUGUUUUAUGUUCAUUUUUUUGAUACCGUAGAUGGUAAACCAGCUUCACAUAUCACGCUGAAUAUCACGACAACAAGUUCUCCUGUCAACAGUGAACAUGUGUCAGAUGCGCCGCCAGAUGUCCUUGUGCUAGAAGAAGAAGAAGAAAACAUUCAAGCACAAUUGGAGCUCGAUCAGUCCUCUCUUGGUGAAUUGUGGAAUGCUGCAUCAUCAGCGACGUCAUUAAUGGGUUCGUAUGAUCAAUUUGUGAAUAUGUCGUUGUUAUCGGUAGUCAGUAACUCGGAUGGAGAUUCUUGGUCAACGGCGCCUACAUCUUCGAAAUUAGUUAGUAAUAUUGAAUCGUGUCAUUUUUUGUUAUAUGUUGCUGGGUAUAAACGUGUGAUACUGAGUCUGUGUUUUAAUGUAAAUGACUUUUGUGGUUGUUGUGUUACAAGUGCUUAUAAUGUUGGAUUUAAACGGAUAUGUCCUGGAUAUUAG